UGGUAUACUCCGACAAAAGAAGUUGGCUGGCCCGCCAAGGAAUCAGUGGGCUGCGGUGCGCUAAUCCGCAUCGGGCGAGGUCGAAAAGUCCAGAGGAGCCGCAAGCUUCGCGUCGAACCAACCUCGUCCUCCAUCAACCAACAUACAUCAAAUACCAUGCUCUGCGCAAUUUCGGGAGAGGCACCGCAAGUGCCCGUCGUCUCGCCCAAGAGCGGCAGCGUCUUUGAAAAGCGACUGAUCGAAGCCUACAUCGCGGAGAAUGGAAAGGAUCCCGUGAAUGGAGAGGAGCUCUCCACAGACGACCUCAUUGACGUCAAAUCCCAGCGCGUCGUCCGCCCCAGACCUCCCACCCUCACAUCCAUUCCUUCCUUGCUCAGUGUCUUCCAAGAAGAAUGGGAUGCCCUGGCUCUCGAAACCUACACAUUGCGACAGACCUUGGCACAGACCCGCCAGGAAUUCAGCUCCGCGCUCUACCAGCACGAUGCUGCCGUUCGCGUGAUUGCUCGGUUGACAAAGGAGAGAGACGAGGCCCGUGAUGCCCUAUCCAAGGUCACCGUUGGUGCCAGGAGUGCCGCUGCCUCCGGUGGUGAGGCUAUGCAGGUUGAUUCGACCGGUCUGCCCGAGGCCGUUCUGGCACGUGUUGAGAGCACACAGGCAUCGCUGUCCAAGACACGUCGUAAGCGCCCGGUUCCGGAAGGCUGGGCUACGGCUGAAGCCCUCUCCACAUACAAGCCUACGGAGAGCUCCAACCCUCUUUACCCCGGCAGCAAGGCAUUCGCCAUCAACUCGUCCGGAGAGCUGGCACUCAUCGGCGGCGCGGACGGUGCCGUUGGCAUCUAUUCCAUUCCCCAGAAGCAGGUUGUUCAGAACCUGCAGGCAAACGGGCCAGUUACCGAUGCCGUUUGGGCAGGCGAGAAGGCUAUUGUGGCAUCGUCUACGGGCUCUGUGAAGGUCUUCGAGAACGGCAACGAGGUCGCCAACUUCAACUCUCAUGCGGGAGCCGCAACCGCGCUUGCCGUGCAUGCUACCGGUGACAUUGUUGCCUCGGUUGGCGCUGACAAGAGCUAUGUUCUGUAUGACCUCACGACGAACUCGGUAAUCACUCAGAUUUUCAGUGACGCUUCUCUUCUCUCGGUCAAGAUUCACCCUGACGGCCACCUGGUUGCUGCUGGUGGCGUGGACGGGCAAAUCAAAAUCUUCGAUAUCAAGACUGGCGCGUCCGCUGCCACUUUCGCCAUGUCUAGCCCUGUGAAAUCCCUUUUCUUCUCCGAGAAUGGUGUUUUCCUGGCCGCGGUUACCCAGAACUCGACCACUGUAUCCAUCUGGGAUCUCCGUAGCGCACAGGAGAGCAAGGUUUUGGAGACGGGCAGUCAGGUUGACUCGAUUAACUGGGAUUACACUGGACAGUUCCUUCUGACCGCUGGACCUAGUGGCUUGACGGUGCAUCAAUACACCAAGGCCUCCAAGUCGUGGUCCGAGCCCUUGCGGAGCGCGGUGCCCGCGGUUGCGGCGGCUUGGGGCUCUGCCGCCCAGACUAUCGUGGCGUUGAACAGCGAGGGAGGCGUGACGGAGCUGACGGCACAGUAAUUAUGAUACCUACCUAUGGAUACGGAGUGAAAAUUCCAUUUGUUGUUCUGUAUUUCUAGCUGUC